ACUGAUGAUAUCACCCUUAUUGUACUGAAACCCAUGAACAAGAAAUUAAACCACAGAAAUUUCUGUGACAACAUAGAACUAAAAAUGUCUUCUGUGGACAGAUACACAUUAAAUUCACAUGGUAUAGGUGCAUUGUCCAUUGUUGAGAAGAUAAUAAAAAAAUAGUGGAUUAUAUUUGAUUAUACAUAUACACAUAUUACUUCACAUUCACAUGUGUAUAUGAUACAGAUUGAACAGAAACAGAAAGGCUGUGCAUGCUAAUAAAUACAUUUUACAUUAUAUAAAAACAGCAGUUAUUCCAUUAGUAUAGUCACCUUAUUCCAUACAGUAUCAUAUGCAAUGUAUCCCCUUGAUCUAACUAACUGCUGAAGAGUAUAUGUUUCAUUUCCCCAGAAAAUUCAAUAUGAGAUGGGUUUUUGUUGUUGUUGUUUUUUGUUUUUUUUACUUUGGGAUGUUUACAGCUCUGUGGAUCUUUUUAAUGUCUGGCUGCAUGAGUUCGUAAUGAGUGACCCAUCAUGGGUUUUAAUAUUUGCAGCUUUAAUAUUUGAUACAUUCCACAGUGCAUAAAUGAAAUGUAAAUAGCCCAAGUUUAUUAGGCUCAGUAUAUUGGAUAUGUAUCUAUGGGGAAUAUAUCUCAUGUGCGCAAAAACUGACGUCCUUUUCAGCACAAUAUAGACAAAUGAAAGCCAUGUUUUAUGCUGUGAAGUGUACUGAGGUGAUUCGUCAUGUCCAGUCUGCAUGAUGAGAGAUGAUCCAGUGACGUCACGAUGAAGUCAAAAAAAGAGGCGGAGAAAGAGAAAGAGAGGGGGAGAGAGAGAGAGCACAGAUGUAAUUGAGUCCUCUGUGUAUAAGACUAAUAAUAAAAACAGAACAACACACUGCAUGUUCCGACGCAUCCGAGCUGUGUCCUCCGCUCUGAUGCAGGCAGGUAGCAUCUCUCUCUCUCCGGCACCCAGACGUGUAUGAGGAGGGCCGGUGGCCGACAGGGAGGGGUCCUUUGAUAUCAGGGCUGCCUCCUCCUCCUCCUCCUGCUCCUGGAUGGAGCCCGGCUGUGUGCAGGCAACGAUGGCCAUGGGAGAUGUCUCGAAAAAAGCGUCGGCUAGGAACGUGGCGGUGGAGAGAAAGAACCUCAUCACUGUCUGCAGAUUCUCAGUAAAGACGCUGCUGGAAAAAUACACAGCUGAACCCAUCGAUGAUUCAUCCGAGGAGUUCAUCAAUUUUGCAGCCAUCCUUGAACACAUUCUCAGCCACCGUUUUAAAGGCUCUGGCAGCUGGUUCGACGGUCAGAGGAGUUACUGGGACUAUGUCCGUGUGGCCUGUGCUAAAGUCCCCAACAGCUGCAUCAGCAGCAUUGAGAGCAUGGAAAACAUCAGCACCUCCAGAGCCAAGGGCCGAGCCUGGAUGAGAGUAGCCCUGAUGGAGAAGAGGCUGUCUGAAUACAUCGCUACCGCUCUGAGGGACAGCAGAACAACCAGGAGGUUCUAUGCAGAAGGAGCCAUCAUGUUAAGAGAAGAAGCCACGGUCCUCACAGGGAUGCUCAUAGGUCUUGGAGCCAUAGACUUUAGUUUCUGUUUGAAAGGGGAGGCUUUAGAUGGAAAAUCCUCUGCAGUUAUAGAUUACACACCAUACUUGAAAUUCACACAAAGCUAUGAUUACCUGAGUGAUGAUGACGAUCGACAGAGCAUUGACAGCAGCACAAGUGAUGACAGUGUCCCCGAACACCCCUACAUCCCGCUGGUCACAGAUGAGGAGAGCUGGAGCACAAAGUGCCGCAAGAUGGAGCAGAGGUUCAAGAUUGUCAACGCUCAGAAGGGUUACCUGGAGGAGCUUGUGCGCCUGCGUGAGUCCCAGCUGAAGAACACAGAGACCGAGAACAAAAGGCUAAAGGCCCGGCUGGAGGAGCUACAGAGCCAGAGCCAACUAGAAAAGAAGGAACUGGAGGCCAUAGUCCUGGAACUUCAGGAGCAACUGACAAGCUUGAUCCCAUGCGACUCCAAUCACCUGGCCAAAAACCUCUCCAUCCCCCUGGUCAACCAGUGGCCAUCGCUCCAGCCAUACAGCAGCCAAGAGGACAUCAAGCUGUUCCGCAGGAGGAGUUUCCCCAGCACAGAGUUGCUGUCAGUGGAGGUCAGCCUGGAUUCAGACUCACAGAGGAUGGAGGGGAAACAGAACGGUGGAGCUUGGUGCACAGAAAAGGACUACACCCCCUCCAUGAUGGGCCUGUGUGGGUCCUUGGCCUCCCUCCCGAGCUGCAAGUCUCUGGCUAGUCUCAAGUCCAGCGAGUGCCUGGUAAACAUCAGCACAGAGAACAGUCCUGCCCUCUCUCCCAGCUAGGGGGCGCCAAAGAAACACUGCCAACCACCUAACAGACUGAGACAAUUCAACAUGGAAACAAAAGACUAUUGGCAGGCGGACAAAUGCGCUCUCUUUCAUGGCCCGUAUGUGAGUCCCGUUACCUUUACGCUCUGAGCCCAGCACUCUCUCAACUGACACCUUUUAAGCGAUUGUGAAAGAGUAGCCUCCCUGUCUGGGACUGUCCAACAAAGAUACAGGAAUAGCUGCUGUACUGCCCGACGGCCUCCCUCAGUUUAACUGUCUUUCAUUGUCUUGACAUGAUUAAGCCUCCUGGAAUGCAAACAACUGGUUCAAGUUUGACCUCUUCUUACAUCAUCACAUCACAACGCUUGAUUUUGUGCAAUUACAGUAAUGCAUCUGUACUGGCUCCAUUCAUCGAAACUCACUGAAGGGUUGAUCUGUAUGUACCUGUCCAUUUGUCUGUGUCUUAUCACUCUGUCAGAGUAUCUUAUCCUGCCUGUUGCAUAACACUGGCAGGAUGGAAGAGCUGUCAUAACCUUUUAAGAAACAGAAAGAAUGUUUUGCCAUAUUAUAUUAGAAUAUUAUAAGAAGAUGGAAAGAGAUUUAAAAAAAAUAACAAAAAAAACAACAAAACAAAACAAGAGGCUUUUAGAGUCAAAAACGUGGCCAGAGGGAUUUAUGAUGAAGAUUAUUUAAAAUUUAACAGAUGCAGCUUGUUAAGAUGAAUGGCUGUUUAGGCCUUAUUCAAUCAUACAGUAGGUUAGAUACAGAUUUUAGGAUGUGACACACAAGACUUGUCAGGCUAACAAGGUUUGCAGAGGCACUACAAUGUGAACAUCAAAAAACAAACAGACAUAAUAUCUAUUGCAUACAAAUGCAAAGUGCAUUGUGACUAUGCAGAGUGAAUGUUUUCAUUGUCUUUUUCUACAAACCUGGCUUGAUAGAGUAGUUUGAGCAGCAGAGAAAUAUGUGAAUGUGCAGUGUGCGUAUGUGUGUCAUUGGUUUUUUUGUCUCCAUUUUUUUCUCUGUGUGAUUUUUUUCUUUGUAUAUUAUAAUUUGAGUCGUGACAUACUUACUUGUACCGUUUACCAUCAUGUAAAUUGCAAUCUCAUGCCGUGACGUUGAGAGUUGGGAUAUGUUGUGUUAUUUAAAACUGCAAUAAAACUGCCUUUUUUUGGAAACAUUAAA